AUGGGCUGCCCAGCACAACAGACACCAGAACCUUCCUCUGCCCGCUCCUUUGCCCCAUCACGAGGACAUUGUGCUCACCCGAGCUGUAAAAACCAGCACCUAAAGAGGCGCCCAGCACCCUCUCCUGCUCGUCUGCCACAUGAUCUACUCGCCCCACUGCCUCUUGCGCACGCCCAGCAAGAUGGCACCUCGCCAAGCAUCUCACCCAUCGGCACGCCUAGCGACAGGACCAGCAACGCCUCGCUUGGCGUCGCCUCCACAAUGGCAACCUCGGCUGGGGCCGUCUGCCCCUCGGAUCUAGCCUCGCCUAGACCUCCUCCACUUGGGCGCUUAUGCCUUUGGACUCCAUCUCGACUUCGACACCUCUUUAAGCAACUUGCUCAGCGUCAAUUUCUCCCCCCUUUCCAAUACAGUUCACUUGAGUUUUCCCAGUAA